UGUUAGAAUUCGUAUCUAGAAGAUCGCUAUUAUUUUGGGAUAAGUGCCGAGUAAUUUUGAAGCGAUACUGCAAGACAAGAAGAACAAGUGAUAUAAGCAACAAAACUGAUUUAGAAUGACAAGAUAUAGUUGUCGUUAGCAAUGACGAAGAAACGUUAGAUUAAAUUUACACAUACAAAAUUAAAUAAAAUUGCGAUCUUACAUUGAUAUCUAUUAGUAGUAAUUGAAGUGGACGCUCUAAGCACUUGAAGCAAAACUGAUUGACAAGUCCCUGAAACAAUUCGACUGGGUUUUCCUUACACAUCAAAACAAUGGCUCGACCUGUUGAAUUUAAAUAAACAUCGACUCUAGACGCAUACGUAGCCUGUCUUCUAACUUAUCGAUACAUUCAUAACACUAUCUAAUAACAGUAUCUGCGGCCAGGACUAACGGUACACCGCGCAUAAACAACGCGUCACGCCGUGAAAGCGUUGAGCUCCCGCGCCCCCGAGGAGAAAGCCAGCUGCCAGUGUAAUCUAGACGCCAGUGUGCACGGACGACAACAUAACCUAAAACAUGGCCCUGAUUAUAACAACAGCUGUUAUCGGAGCCGCAUUUGCGAUAUACUGGUACAUUAAUAGACAUAAAAAGGUUAAACACAUCUUGAGCGAGCUUAGAUACGCGUUGGACAUGCAGGGCGCGGGAGCUGGGGGCCUCAUCGACGAUUGGGUGAACGUAUGGCGGAACAAGAUAACGUUGCCAGAUGCAAAAAAUAAAGUUGCCGUUAUCACCGGAGGAGCUCGAGGCAUCGGCACCGAAGUGGUACGUGGGAUGCUCAAAGCAAAUAUGGUGGUAAUUAUGGGUGUGAGAAACAUCGAAGCGGGGAAAAAACUCGCAAAGACAAUGGAGAAUGGUGACAACCUACACGCUUUUCAACUUGAUCUGGAGUCAUUGAAGUCUGUGAAGGAAUUUGCGGAUAAUGUAUUACGUGAGUUCCCCGAAAUUCACUUGUUAGUAAACAAUGCUGGGAUCAUGUUUGGUGAUUACAAACUGACAGAGGAUGGUAUUGAGAGCCAGCUAGCUGUCAAUCAUUUGAGCCACUUCUAUUUGACACACUUAUUGUUGCCAGCAUUGAAAAAGACAGGUACACCAGAUGAACCAUCAAGAAUUGUAAAUGUCACUUCUUGUGGCCAUUUUCCGGGAAGGAUAUAUUUUGACGAUAUUAACUUGAAAGAGCAUUAUGACACAACAGCUGCUUAUUCACAAUCAAAGUUAGCUCAGUUAAUGAUGGCAAGGUACAUAAACGAAAUACUUGAAGACAAAGAUGUGCCUGUUAAGUGUUACUCUGUACAUCCUGGUAUUGUUGACACAGAUUUGUUUGUCAACAGUCAAUUCUCUAAAUUCCCUUGGUUGAGGAGAUUAUUUUUCAAGACACCAGAGAAAGGCGCAGUAUCCAUACUUUAUGCAUGUUUUGAUGAGGAAAUUUUAAAGUCGGGAGGGAUGUACAUCAGUAACUGCAAAGAAGGUUUUAGCAAUCGAUUCUCAAAGAACAAGAAACACCAAAGAAAACUAUUUGAAAUUUCUUGUGAUCUAAUUCAAAUAGACCAUGAAAAAUUUGGUAAAAAUUAAUGUUAAGUAAUAUUAUUUACUGAAUAAAGCUGCAUUUAAAAUUAUGUAACUAUAUUAUAUUUAUUUGUAUAUUUUGUAAUAAAGGUUUUUAGAAUAA